AUCGCAAGCCGCCUUCAUUCACUCACGGCUCCGACUGAGGUUAUGGACCAGUAUUGCCCCACGUAUGUGCUGUCUGCUCUUUACGGGAUGCUAUGGACAGCUACUGUGAAUACGGAACGCGUGCUGCCUGCUCAUCAAAGUCCCGCAUCAAAGAGAACGUGAUGUAUCAAACACAGUGAGUUCAAGCGAUGACCGGAAGUCGGGAUCUACGCUGGUGACGUCUAAUUACGACAAUUACUCCAGCUCCUCGCGAGUAGAGCAGUGCCGGUGUGAGCCGUGGACGGGCGAGUUAGAGCGACAGCAGCACAUGGCAUACCAACACGGGAUCUGUUUCAAAUGGGAUAAUCGCGUCACCAGAACCACGAGAUUGGUGUGAAGCUUAGUCACUAUGCGUCUCGCACUACUGGCUGUAUGGAUGGCCUAUCUGCAACAGAUGUUUGCAGCACAUAUCACCUCCAGAUCUGCUCAGCAUGGGGCGUCCGUAAUACGACUGUCAACACAUGGAGACCUGUAAGAGGCAACAACCAAUGACAUUAACCGGAAGUCACGUGGUAUGAAUCAGUCUUGAUGUGCACGUGCUGUGUUGUAGCGUACAAUGCCAGAACUAAGAGGGUUGCCAGGAUGGCUCACGUGGUGUGUGCUGCUGAUCACGUGUUCAAAGGGAGAGUACUCUGUGGUGACCACCUCCCUGGGGCCUAUCCGUGGCAACAGGACAACGGUGUUGAACUCCACUGUCGACAUCUACUACGGCAUCCCAUAUGCAGCGCCACCUGUUGGUGACCUCCGCUUCCGUCGCCCCGUGCCUCACGACCCCUGGAACACAACCCGUGACGCGCUAGACAUGCCCAACUCCUGUCAUCAGAGUAUCGACGAGCUGUUCGACAGGUUUGAAGGUGUGGACAUGUGGAACCCCAACACAAACAUGAGCGAAGACUGCCUGUACCUGAACAUCUGGGUCCCGAGGGGUGGGGCUCUGAAAAAAGCCAUCUUGCUGUGGAUAUACGGGGGGACGUUUGCCUUGGGAACGUCGACGCUCAGGGUGUAUGACGGCAAAUACAUGGCCGCUGCAAAUGACGUUAUCGUUGUGUCCAUUAACUACCGAAUAGGCACCCUAGGAUUCCUGAGUUACGGAGAUGAUGCAUUUUCUUCCGGAGAUGACGCCCCUGGCAACGUUGGUCUUUUAGAUCAGUUAAUGGCAAUCAAAUGGGUGAGAAAUAACGCUGGCAAUUUUGGCGGUGACGUCAACAGGAUUACUAUUUUCGGAGAGAGUGCUGGCGCGGUUAGCGUCUCGAUGCAUUUGUUGUCACCUCUGUCACGUGACUUGUUUAACAACGCAAUGAUGCAAAGCGCAAGCGCGUUAUGCUACUGGGGGUUGCAUACACGACAGAUGGCAAAUGACAGGACUAGAGCACUGGCCCAAAGGUUUAACUGUACAACAACGGAUGAGACGGAAAUGCUGAAAUGCUUGAGAAGCGCAGACCCACAAGAGUUAUCAGUGGAGGCGUGGUACAUCGUGGACUUCUAUUUCGACGCCCCCUUCGCGCCAGUAGUUGAUAAGUAUUUCCUUCCCGACAUUCCAGAGAAGCUGAUAGCUCGGGGUGAAAUAAAAAACACCAGUAUUUUAUUGGGUGUGAACAAGAACGAGGGGAACUACUUUCUGCUAUACGGAGUCCAAGAUAAGUUCAAACUCAACAACCCGAACCCUCUUGACAGGGACGAGUUCUUGGACGUGGUGCGAGAUGUUGUUGCCCCUAGCAACGAUAAGACAAAGAAGGCUGUUGCUGUGGAGUAUGAAGAGGAGGAGUUGCCUGUUGACAGAGACACCUACCGGGUCAUUGCUGACGACAUCAGUGGUGACAGGGCUUUCAAGUGCCCCACCAUCGAUUUCGCCAGGGAAAUGUCGAGAAUAAACAAAGACAUCUUUCUUUACUCCUUCGAACAUCGUGUGUCUACCAACCCAUGGCCGAAGUGGGCUGGCGUCAUGCAUGGGUAUGAAAUCGAGAUUAUCUUCGGACUUCCGCUGGAGAACGGAAGUAGAUACAACAGCGACGAGGUGGACUUGAGCAGGCGUGUGAUGAAGAUGUGGACGAACUUCGCUAAAUAUAGCAACCCCAAUGACGCAAACUCCAACAACUGGCCUCGUUUUGACAUCCUAUCCCAGCAAUUUGUGUAUCUGAAUGUUUCUAAACCCGUGACGUCAGGUCGAGGCUUACGUCACAAGCAGUGUACCUUUUGGCGGGAAAUCGUACCACUGCUGGCUGACCCGACAUCCCCACCGUCAGCAACGACAAGAUGCGUCAACACAAGCCACUCCGUCUUCCCCAACUACACCGUUCUCUUCAUCACCGGGGCCUUCAUUAUCGGCGGACAUCUGAAGCAAUUCUGCGCAUGACAAACACUCAGUUGCUAGGAAACAGAGUACUGUUAUCACUCCCAUCGUUGGGAGUAACACGCACUUGGUUGCUAUGAUACAGUAGAUGGAUAUCACAAUGUCUCUGGAAUAACACGCAAUUGUUUUUGAUGAACCGAUUAAUUAUUUUAGGAAGGAUGUAACACGUGGCGAGGAAUAUUGUAUUGGUAUGCAACAAUGUGGGUUGCUAGGAUACAGGACAUUGGCAGCAGCAAAUACGUAUCAGUAGGACUCAUAAAACUGAUGCUGAUUUAUUUAAUCAGAUUGCUAUGGCAACGUUAUGGAUUUUAUUCAAAGUAGUCCGGGAGUGAAGCGGUCCGGAUCACGGCAGAGCGGUGUAAAUCCUAUAACUGAGACGUUUGUUGUUUGUUUUACUUGACCCUUGAACUUCUGACCUUUUUGACCUUUGCAGCCGAACCUACAAGCAUCGACUGAAUGAGAUUCGCAGUCUGUAAAACUAAGCAUAUGCCCUGCUUUUACGUCUUUGGGAUGUUGUGUCUUCCUAAUAUGGAAAGAAAAAGGGACAUCACUCUCAGGUUUAUUCAAACACGAGAUCCCAACAGCGCCGCCUACAGGUGACGCUCUUACCUCAACAGUGCAAUGGAGCUUGGCAUCGUGCAUUAGUGGACGUGUAGCGGGCAAAAUAUGCAGCCAUUGAUGUAUUGAGUUUGAACAUUGAAAGACAGAUAAACUGUAUAUUUCAGAUAUGAGUAAAUGUAUUUCACUUGUAACCAUGGUAACUAGGGUAUCACUGCACGUGUUGCUGUCGUUUGAAGAAUCUUAGCAUCAUCACAGAACAUCGAUUGUAUCUCCAAGCAAUACUGAUACUGUGGUUAAUGCCAACUGUUUCGUGACGUCAUAAUGACGUCAUACCAUGACGUCAUGUUUUACAUGUUCUUAUCACAUGACAAUGAUAGAGCAAUAUGCAUAAUGACUCGUUGUAUAUACAGUGUAUAUGUUCUUUCCCUGGUUGCCAUGUAUAUACCACCGAGACAACCUCACAGUAUGGCCCAUAACAAAUGCCAACCUCGCUUCACCGAAACCGAUGCUGUUACGAUCUUUCCGAUGAAGCUGGUCUCUUCUUGUUUCAUUUGGCUCUUUUGACAUCGUUUAUUAGAUGUGAUUUUGUUCACAAUUCGCCAUCUUCUCGGUCUAAAUGCAUGUGACGAUUUAAUUAUACAAAUCGAUGUGUGAUAACGCUGUUUUUCAAAUUUAAUUGUGCUGUUUCGCUCUGACAUUCUGAAUGUUUGGUGAAAUUAAAGUUUCGGCAAUUCGACAACUUCUCCAUCAAUUGCUUACAACGAUAUAACAAAUACACAACUGUUUGUGACAAACGUGUUUCUUCGUAUUUCCUUUGACUUUUCCUGCAAUUCGACGAUCUUUCGCACACAAUUCUUACGACGGUUUGUAAUAGAUUAUGGUGUUCAUGAUAUUAUAUAAUUACACCGAGUAUAUGUACAGCUGUUUGUCAUCUUCUUCAUCAUUUGAAAUAUAUACUCAUUCUUCCAUUUCAUAGCAAUUGUAUUUAGAUGCUAGAACCAAGGUGAUGGUGUGUACUCUGCCAACCGUAGCAACAAUGUAUAGCUGUUCAAUGCUCCAAGUACAUACUAUAGAGAAUAAAAUCAGGUUUUGAUAUUGUU